AUGCGCAUGUGUGAAAAGGUGGAGUCCAAGGGGACCACGACGUACAACGAGGUGGCUGAUGAGCUUGUGGCGGAGAUGAAAGGCGCCGUGCUGGAGGACGGCACCACCUACGACGAGAAGAACAUACGGCGCCGAGUUUACGACGCGCUCAACGUCCUGCUGGCCCUGGACGUCAUCUCAAAGGACAAGAAGGCCAAAGCCGACGCGACAGUGGAGGUGCACAUCAGCGACGACAUGCGAGAAGUGCAGUUUGAGUUUGGCGCUCGGCCGUUCCGAAUCCACGACGACGGGGAUGUGCUGCGCCUGAUGACAGCCGCACAGGGGGUGGGCAAGGGGACGCGCCAGCAUGUGCCUACUGUGCGGCCGCAGCAGCAGCAGCAGCAGCAGCAGCAGCAGCAGCAGCAGCAACAGCAACAGCAGCAGCAGCAGCAGCAGCAGGUGCUACGGGCGCAGGCCCGAGGACCGCCACCACCGGGGCAGCAGCUCCCAAAGGCAUAG